AUGGCGGCAAGAGGAGAGACGAGCUCGGCAGGAGGGAACGAUGCAGCGCAGGAUCCGUUCCCGUCUGCCCAGAAGAUGUCCAAGAGACCUAAAUCCAAACAACUUGGAUUCCAGUUCACCCAACAGGAACUUCCUGCUUGCAAACCAAUUUUGACUCCCGGUUGGGUUAUUACAGCUUUUAUACUCGUCGGUGUGGUCUUCAUCCCAAUUGGCCUUGCCUCUUUGUUAGCCUCUAAAAGAGUUGUAGAAAUUGUGGAUCGAUACGAUGAAGAUUGCAUUCCUCAAAGUUUCAAGAACAAAACUCUCAGCUACAUUCAGGACGAUAAAACUAAUAAGACUUGCACGAGGAGUCUAGUCGUCCCCAAGCAAAUGAAAAGUCCCAUCUACGUCUACUAUCAGCUGUCUAACUUCUAUCAGAAUCAUCGCCGGUAUGUCAAAAGUAGGAGCGAUGAACAAUUGCGAAGCAAGGACGGUGAGCGGAAAACAAACACUUGUGAGCCUGAAGCUUUCGCGGGAGACAAAGGUCCAAUCGUUCCUUGUGGCCUCAUUGCCUGGAGCUUGUUCAACGACACUUACAAGUUUUCAGUGAACGAUACGGUGCUGGAUGUCAACAAGAACAACAUAGCAUGGGAUAGCGACCGAAAGCAUAAGUUCGGAUCUGAUGUCUACCCGAAGAAUUUCCAAAGCGGAGGUCUAAUCGGCGGUGCAACACUUGAUUCAAGCAUUCCUUUAAGUGAACAGGAGGACCUGAUCGUGUGGAUGCGCACGGCAGCGUUGCCGACUUUCAGAAAACUGUAUGGAAAGAUAGAGGUUGACCUCGAAGUAAAUAAGACGAUCACUGUCACAAUACAGAAUAAUUACAAUACCUACGAUUUUGGGGGCAAGAAGCACUUGGUGCUAUCGACCGCCAGUUGGAUAGGUGGGAAGAAUGACUUCCUAGGGGUGGCAUAUUUGGCUGUUGGAGGGAUUUGCUUGUUCUUGGCAAUAGCCUUCAUCCUUGUCUACGUGCUCGUGCCAAGGCCUCUUGGAGAUCCAUCUUACUUAUCUUGGAAUAGGAAUCCAGCUGGACGCUAGAAGUAAUGCCCAAGUUUCAAUUCUGGAAUCCCAUGUCUUGAAGGAUUCUUGUCAUGUAUGGUACUUUGGU